AUGUUUCGCGCCCAGCAGAAUGCUUUUGACGACGCUGUCGCCAAAGCGACCGACGAAAAUCUAACCUCCGAGAACUGGGAAUUCAUACUUGACGUUUGCGAUAAGGUCAAUAAUGAAGAGUCGGGUGCCAAGGAUGCCGUUGCAGCGCUGAUCAAGAGGCUCGCGCACCGAAACGCUAAUGUGCAGCUUUAUACGCUUGAGCUAGCGAACGCCCUUGCGCAGAACUGCGGUCUGAAGAUUCAUCGCGAGUUGGCAUCUCGGAGUUUCACCGAGGCGUUGUUGCGACUCGCCAAUGACAGAAAUACACACCAGCAGGUCAAGUCGAAGAUCCUGGAGCGCAUGGAGGAAUGGACGGAGAUGUUCUCGAGCAACCCAGACUUUGGCAUUAUGGACCAAGCUUAUAUGAAACUGAAGACUAGUAAUCCAAAUCUCCAACCACCAUCGAAACCGACUAAGCGCCAAAUCACCAAUAUCGACCGACAAAAGGAAGAGGAAGAGCUCCAGAUGGCGUUGGCACUCUCCAUCAAGGAUAAAGGAUCAGCAGAUGUUACUGUAGCCUCGUCAAGCGCAGCCCCCGCAGCCGCAGCAGCUUCUAACCAGCCGGAAUCUUCAAGCACAGUGUCGCAGGGCAUUCCAUCCGGAACCACAGCGGCCACGGUUUCGCGAGUCAGAGCAUUGUUCGAUUUUCAGCCAUCAGAGCCAGGUGAACUUCAGUUCCGCAAGGGCGAUAUCAUUGCAGUACUGGAAUCGGUCUACAAGGACUGGUGGAAGGGUUCGUUGCGAGGACAGACUGGAAUUUUCCCGUUGAAUUAUGUCGAAAAGCUUCCCGAUCCUACGCCGGAUGACUUGCAGCGCGAAGCACAAAUGGAGGCAGAGGUGUUUGGCCAGAUCAAGAACGUCGAAAAGCUAUUGACUCUUCUUAGCACGAGUAGCUCGGAGCUGAAUGUUCGUGACAACGAAGAGAUUACGACGCUUUAUCACUCUACUCUUGCUAUCCGGCCUAAGCUUAUUGAACUCAUUGGCAAAUAUUCCCAAAAGAAAGAUGAAUUCACUCAGCUCAAUGAAAAGUUCAUCAAAGCUCGGCGGGAUUACGAGGCUCUUUUAGAAGCUUCAAUGUCUCAUCCUGCACAGCCUCAGUACGGUAGACCACCUCAGCAGCCUUAUGGAUACCCCCCAACAGGAGCUGCGCCGCAGGGUUAUCUUCCUGUUCAUCCAGGGGCUGCUCCGGUUGAUCAUCAACAAUAUUAUAAUACUCGUCCACAAGACUCUCAUACCCCUCAACCCACUGGCCCUGGAUUUUAUGCGGCGGAUCCUUCACGCCCCUACCCGCAAACACCUCAAUCGCCAGAUCCACGAAACCGCACUCCUACAGGCGGCCAGCCAUUUCAGCAACCAGCACAACAACCCCCUUCCGAACCCUAUCAGUCCCUGCACCACCGCCCCCAAUCAACAUAUGAACAUCCUCAGGAGUUAGGAACUUCAGUCUACGAUUCGCCCGUAGAACAACGCUAUCCAUAUCAUCCUGGAUCUGCACCUCCUCAGCCCCCCUCACAAAGUAAUGACUACCAGACUUCCCCCGACGACCAACGACCACCCAUGACCAACCAACAAUAUCCAUCACAACCUCCAUAUCCUACAUCAUCCACAACUCAACAACCACCCCCGAUUCCGACGGGUAGUCCCCAGCCGCAACAAGCAACCCCAUACCCGAGUCUGAAUGCCGGACAGCCUUAUAACAGUUAUCAGCAACAGGGACAGGGACAGGGACAGGGAUACCCACCUGGCGCGGAUCCCGCCAUGAAUCCUGCGUCGUUCUAUCGCUAAUUCUGUGACACCAAGUAUAUUUGUUGCUGCGACUUGUAUACUUCUGCUAUGGAUAUACUAGGCGUGUUUCUCCUCGCUCACGGCUGCAACCAGCAUUUAUUUAUGAUUGAUAGUUUCAUGUUACUCGAAUGAACCAUAUACGUUCUGUACGACUAUUUACAAACCACCUGUAUAUCACUAAUUACUUGUUAAAGAAAUGUAGAAUGCCAUGUGUAAAUGGCAGAACUGCC